AAAUACCUGUUGCAUUUUUUGAAAUAUUGAUUAACUUACCCCAUAUAAAAAUUAUUAAGUUCCGUAACUGGAGUUUGGCUUUAUGAAUUGCUUGGUAUGCUCAGCACGUGCAUUCAAUAGAAACUAUGGAGUAAUGUCGUGUUUUGCCUGCAAAAUGUUCUUCCGUAGAACUGUUUUCAAAAAUAUGUUAUUCAAUUGCAAAUACUUUAAAAAUUGCACUAUCCACUACAAAACUCACCCGAAGUGCCGUGCUUGUCGAUUCCAAAAAUGCUUGAACAUUGGCAUGAAAGCAGCUUCCAAGAAUGAUAGAAUAGUUAGUAUUGGCAACUACGAAGAUUACAAUUUUGACAAAUUAUUGAAUGAUUUGAUUGUGAAAAAUGAUAAAAACUAUUCAAAUUUUAUUGAUUUCUAUUCGUUGGAGGAUCCGAGCUUGAAGGAUAUUAUAGAGGAUAGAAGUAUUAUGAAACUUGUGAGAAGGACACCCGAGACACUCAACGACGUCGACCAAUGGUCGAAUAUGCUGGCAUACUCUCGAAUAUCUUAUUUUCUAGAUUUCAACUUUAUUCGAGAACUAGAUUCCAGCGACAAGAAUACACUGUUCAAGUAUAAUGUCUCGCGAGCAGGGUGCUUAGCACUUGCCAUGUGUGCAUACAGUGAAAACAAACCAAAGUUAACAUUUCCAAACGAUGUUGAUAUUUUUCCAUCUGAAAUGUAUAAUCUUUGUGGAAGUUCUACAGCUGUUCUGAAUCAAGUGUCGGGGCAAGUCAUCGCCAAGUUUAUCGAAUUGGAAAUCAGACAAGAAGAGUAUCUGCUGCUAUUAUUGGUCAUGUUUUGCAAUGCAUCAAUAACCAAUAACUUCUCCCACAAGACAAAACUCAUUCUAUCAUCCCACCAACAGGUUUACUGCUCUGCCUUGUUCCGUUAUUGCCAGCUGAAAUAUUCAAAAUCUGCACCAACUCGGUUCACAGAGCUUCUAUCAGUUUUUGGAAUAGUUAACAAAUCUGUGAAUAACAUGAGCUUUUUGAGCAUGAUGGUGCAAUGUUAUAAUCCAAAAUUUAAUUUUAAACGGCUAAUGCAAGAUAUUUUCUCUCAUACAUUGUCAUAAUGAAUUUUUUU